AUGUCAAACGAAUGGAGCAACGAUUGGGGCGAUACUUCUCAAACAACACAACGACACGGUUAUCAACAACAGCAACAUCAGUAUCAAGGAUAUGGAGGUUACUCGGAGCCCAGCUCAGGAUACUACCAACAAAGUCAAGGUCAACCGAUGGCUCCGCAACAGAAUUACGGUGACUAUUAUGGGCAGCAGCAACCCUCCAACAUGGGUUAUGGAUUCCCAACAUCACCCCAAGAUUUCAUGUCGAUCCGAUGA